AUGCAGAUCAAUUUGUGUAUCCUCCCGAUCCUCUCCACCAUCGCCGCGGUGGUUUCGGCUGCUCCCUCCGGCAUCCUUGCACGCUCCGGUAGCGUCGCGGCCACGUCCAACAACAAGGCCAACGAGUCCACCGCCGAAUACCACAUGAUCGAGAUCCCGGGAAUCGAUGACGCCAUUGCGAACCCGGAGCACAGACACGAGAACGGGUUACCACACUACACGGUGGUUUGCAAGACCUCCUGGGCGUCUCCCACCUUCGACGAGAUCGACAACGUCGUCUUGAAGGUCUCCAAGAAGGCGAGGGAUGAUUGUGGCCAGUACAAUCAUGGGGGGAGCAAGUGCACACGCUUGCAAUGGUACAAGGGCGGUGCUCUCUCGCUGUGUGGCAAGGCGGGAUGGACAAUCCCUUGCCCCUCGGUUGCGUGGGCAGGCCAGGAGAUUAAGAAUAGGUGCGGAAACGACGAUAUGCAGAGGGCUGGUGGCCAUUUGGCCUUUGCGGCUUCUGGUUACAUGAGGACUGUGAUUCAUUAG